AUCAGUGUUUGGCUGGCAAAGCCGCCGUGCUGUCCCCCCAGCCCCAAACCUUCUCACGCUGAGCACUGCGGCUCUAGCAGCAGCAACAUCUCUGUGAGGGGCAGCAGCACCUCUCCUUGUCAGGGACCUAUUUUAUUAAUCAGCGGCACUGAAUGGAAACCAAUCAGACACAGAGUCCCUUUGGCUUCUGCUCGCUGCCUGCCUGACUUAAAAGUGAUGCCGGCAGAGAGGGAGCCCUAGCGAGUGCGUUCGGCGCUGGAGACACGGUAACAUGCAGAAGGCAGCGAGCAGGUAGAGAAGCAGCGCGGAACGGACGGGACUGGGCUCACACAGCCAGCCUGGGUUUUUCUUACAAGAGGAAUAUAACAUUUGAAAAAUUUGUUCUGCUGAAUUAUUAGAGGAGUGGAGGCUAACAGCAUCUCUGGAAAUGAUGAGGACUCACUCCUUUCUGACAGUUUUGCUUUGGAGCUCUGUGUUUUAUGUGGUUCAUAUGACGCCGUCCCAAAAAAGGACUAACAAGCACUCACACAGUGAAAGGAUAACAGGAUUGUCAGAGAGUGAUGGAAAAACACUGCACCGCACCAAGCGUGGUUGGAUGUGGAAUCAAUUUUUCUUGCUGGAGGAGUACACAGGUCCAGAUACUCAAUACGUGGGCAAGGAAAAUUUGUGUCGACAACUGUUUAGCCAAUCACACAGAAGACUACAAAGAGAAAUGUGUGUGCAAAGGAGUAUUAAGAAAUCCAGAUACUCAGCAGUACAUCUGUGUUAUGUCUUCAUUCCAACAUGUUUCAAACAAAUUAAUGGGAAUGACAUUUGUUUUCAGUGGUCACUAUGUAUUAUACAUAUAUAUUGAGAAAUCUAAUGUAUUAUCUGCUUUUCUUUGGGGUUUCUGGGGGUAUUUGUUUAGAUUUUUCUCUGUUGGUUUGAUUUGGGGGUGUGUCAGUUGUAGGUCUUUUUUUAAUUUAUCAAAUUGUUUCAUGGUUAUUUGGCUUGCAGAAUGAACAAUUUGUGAUAUGAAAAAGGAAAUGUUUGAAAAGUUCGUUUUCCACCCAUGUGAAGUUUUUGCUUUCUAAUCUCCUCCAAUCCACUUAGAGAAAGGUCAUCUAGAAUAAACAACAGGAAUGACGUUUUGCUUUCUGUAAAUGGUGGACAUUCCCAGACCUGCUGAGUCUGUAAAAGGUAGAGGGAAAUGACAGCAGUCAAGGAUUACUUCAGAUCACAUGUAUUAAUAUUAUUUUUCCAGUUUGAAAAUCUGAGCCUCUUUCACACACCUAAACAGUUUACUAGUGAUAAAAAUUCCGAAAGUAUUUUGUAUGUAAAAGGAUUUACUGUAACUGGAAACAUGAAUUAGAAAAUGUUUCUGUUCUUGUUCCUUGGUUUUAGUCAAUUAAAGGGCAUGAUUAUUAUAACACACCACAUUUUUACAUGUGAUUUACAGCAAGGCAAUUUUCUGUAGACUUUAUGUAGAAUAAUUAACAUUUGAAAAGCUGGAAUUGUAUUUUAUAUUAUAAAUUCAAAAUAUUUAAGCAGUUCACAGAAGAUUACCAGUCAUCAAGAAACACAGUAUAGAUUGGUCAAAAUUACAUUGCAGUGUCUCUUUACAAGUAUAUAUAUCAGUAUACUAAUUUUGCAUAAACCUUCACAAUAUUAUUUGAAGUUACUCUGUCUCAUAAGUUGAAAGUGUAUUUUGUAGUUAUAUAAAUAGUAAGAAGCUUUUCACAAGCCAUGAUUUUGCAAAAUUGCUUCACAGAUAAAUGGAGGUCACUCUAAUGUGAAGAGCAAAACAAAACAUACAUGGGAACUUCUCAUAUUUAGGAUAAGUGAUAGCUUGCAAACGUCCUUUUAGUACUUCCUAAUAGAAAAUUGGCAAUAGGUGGUGGAACUCUUCAUUGCUAGGAAAUCACAUUCUAGUCACAAUUUUAUCAUGCUUGAAAAUUCUGUUUAUCAUUUGUUAGAAACAUGAGACAAGUAGGAAGCUCAAAAUACCUAUCAAAGCUUGAGUUACCUGACAUCUUUGUAGAUAGUUUAAACUAUGUAGAUAGUUAGAUGGAUAAAAUAAAUUAACUUAAUCUCUGGAGGGUCUGCAUAUUGUUAGGAAGAUGGGUAAAGAAAUGACAAUAGACAGAUAUGAUUUUUUAUCAGAACCACUUGUUAGCAUAGAAAAUAUCACUGCUGCCACUACUUGCACAUUGUUGUCCCCUUCAAAAGGUUGUUUACCGUGGAUUAACAGCAGAGCUGCUCAUACGAGCAGACAAAAUGAGAUUGACAAGCUUGUAUUUAUGUUUAUAGCCUGCUGUUCAUCUGCACCUUUUAGUGUAUAGAACCUCUUUUUAACAGAUGACCAUGCAAUCCUUAAUAAUUCUCACAGGUAUCUAUCACAGAUACACACUGAACACAGUAGGCACUAGAACUUAUUAUGAGAUGACCUACCUUGGAUGGUAUUACCUCAUUCAGUCUCAUCUCUGAAGACCAAAAGAGUAAUCAGGUAGUAAAAAAGGUUAAAAGUGUAAAUACUACUAUAAUAGUAAUAGAUAGAUAGAUAGAUAGAUAGAUAGAUAGAUAGAUAGAUAGAUAGAUAGAUAGAUAGAUGGUAAAUAGUAAAAAGGUAAAAAGUGUUAUGAUACAGUGUUAAAAUAGAGGAAAAUUAAAGUGAGUAAUUCAGUAAAAAUCUAUUGUAAUCCUUCAAUCCUGUAAUUAUCCUUCAUAGAGGUAAAAUAAUAAAAAUUUGCAAUUUCUCAGCUAUGAAACGUGGAGGUAAACACUGACAGGAAUAUAAGAACAAGGCAAGACAUGUCAAAAAAAACCCCUUAUUUUUGUGACUCUCUAAAAUAAUACCAUUAUUGAUACUGUAGAAGACUUUCUCAGGUUGUUGAUAUACUAUAAUUUUCUACUUAGAGAAGUAAAAAAUAUGCUAAGAUAAGAUUCUCUCUUUCCAUGCUUGAGAAGCACUCAGUCACCAGUUGUGGUCAGAUGUGACUGUAAGGAUUUGUAUAAGGAAAAUAUACUGCAGAAGCUCAUAAAAAUGAACUAUAAGGCCAUGUAAAUGAAAUAAGAGGAAUAGAUGCCUGAAGAAGUGCAUUAAAUAAAAAUUUCUAGUGCCUGAGUCAACUUCAAUGGCUUGAUUUGAUUUUGGUUUUAGACACUUUUUCAUAAGGGUGUUGUAUGGCAAAUUAACCAGUGCCUGUAAGUUCACAGGGACAGAGUUUUGAACUCUUAUGAAGAGGUUGAGUAGGAAAAGGAUUGUUAAAGCCCUCUCUAUCCUUUGAACAUUUACCUCCUAGUGUUCUUGAAAAUUAUUUCUUCUGUGUGGAAAGGAUUAGAAAGAAGGAAUUAAUCAACGGAGGUAGGAUGUGCCUUGAAAAAAAAAAAAAGAGAACAAUACAAGAAGAAACAUCAAUUACUUAAAUCAGAACAUUUAUAGGUGAUUUGGGGACGUUCACAAUCUCUAAUCCUUAAAACUCAUUUGUUCUAUUAUGUUUCAAAGUAACUGGUUGACUUCUCAACAACCAGUAAAUACAAGGCAGGAGUUGUUUUACAAAUAGAAAUUUGGGAGUUUUACAGUCGCUUUCAUCUUCCAAAUGGAGAAUUCUGGUAAUUUCUGGACAGACUGUUCAAAGAAAUAGAAUUUUUUGUUAUAAAUUUUUUAUUUUAAGUACUAUUUCAAUACCCUCUACAUCCUUCUCUGUCCUUAUGAGUUUGUUUGCAGCUAUUUUUUGUGUAUGACUGAGUCUAAAAUUUUCAAUUUUUCCAGCAGGCUGACAGAAGAUAACCACUACUCACCCCAAUUAUAGUCAAGAUCGUACAGACUUAUUCAUAUAUGUUGAAUUAUUUGGUCUGUAAUAACAAUAUAUAUAUAUUUAUAAAAUUCUUCUUUUUUACCUCUCUGAAGCUACACACUGACCAAGAUAAAGGAGAUGGAAAUUUAAAAUACAUAUUAACGGGAGAUGGGGCUGGCAGUCUGUUCAUUAUAGAUGAAAAUACAGGAGAUAUUCAUGCUGCAAAGAAAUUGGACAGAGAAGAAAAGUCCCUGUAUGUGCUACGUGCCAAGGCUAUAGACAGAAAAACUGGAAGACAAGUGGAGCCAGAGUCUGAAUUUAUCAUUAAAAUCCACGAUAUCAAUGACAAUGAACCAAAAUUCACCAAGGACAUGUACACGGCCAGUAUUCCGGAGAUGUCUAGAGUUGGUACAUCUGUUAUUCAAGUGACAGCCACAGAUGCUGAUGAUGCCAACUAUGGGAACAGUGCCAAAGUGGUGUACAGCAUCCUCCAGGGACAGCCAUAUUUCUCAGUGGAUCCAGAAACAGGCAUAAUCAAGACUGCUUUACCAGACAUGAGCAGAGAAAACAGGGAGCAGUACCAAGUGGUCAUCCAGGCUAAAGACAUGGGAGGCCAGAUGGGAGGCCUAUCAGGGACCACCACCGUGAACAUCACACUGACUGAUGUCAACGACAAUCCACCUCGCUUCCCCCAGAGCUCCUACCAGUUCAGCUCUCCUGAAUCUGCUCCCCCUGGGACUCCGCUUGGCAGAAUUAAAGCAAAUGACCCCGAUGUGGGAGAAAAUGCAGAGAUUGAAUAUAGCAUCUCCAAUGGGGAUGGAUCAGACAUGUUUGAUAUCAUCACUGACAAGGACACACAGGAAGGGAUUAUAACUGUCAAAAAGCAUCUGGAUUUUGAAAACAAGGUGUUAUAUACCCUAAGAGUAGAAGCAACCAACGCUCAUCCUGAUCCUCGUUUUCUUCAGCUGGGGCCAUUCAAAGACACAGCUUUAGUCAAAAUUUCUGUUGAAGACAUUGAUGAACCUCCAGUGUUCAGCAGACCCUGGUAUUUAAUAGAGGUUGAUGAAGAUGCCAAGGAAGGAAGCAUUAUUGGGCAGGUUGUUGCCCAAGAUCCAGACGUAGCAAAGAAUGCAAUAAAAUACUCUGUAGAUCGACACACUGACCUUGACAGAAUAUUCAACAUCUAUUCAGGAAAUGGAUCCUUAUUCCUCUCAAAGCCACUUGACCGAGAAGAAACUCCCUGGCACAACAUCACUGUCAUAGCAACUGAAAUCAAUAAUCCUAAACAAAGUAGCCAGAUACCUGUCUUCAUACGGAUUUUAGACAUAAAUGAUCAUGCACCAGAGUUUGCCAACUACUAUGAAACAUUCGUUUGUGAAAAUGCAAAAGCAGGACAGCUCAUACAGACUGUGAGUGCAAUUGACAAAGAUCAGCCUCCUCGAGGACACAAAUUUUUCUUUGAGUUGGUGCCAGAAUUUGCUGUUCAUCCAAACUUCUCUGUUGUAGACAACAAAGAUAACACUGCAGGAAUUAUGACUAGAAGAAACGGAUACAGCCGUAGUAAGACGAGUACCUACCUUCUGCCAAUUGUAAUAUUUGACAACGACUACCCGAUCCAGAGCAGCACGGGCACGCUGACCAUCCGGGUGUGUGCCUGUGACAGCCGGGGGAACAUGCAGUCCUGCAGCGCCGAGGCCUUGCUCCUCCCUGCCGGCCUCAGCACGGGGGCACUGGUGGCCAUUCUCCUCUGCAUCAUUAUCCUGCUAGUAUUAGUUGUUUUGUUUACGGCUCUCAAGAGACAGAGGAAGAAGGAACCCUUGAUCAUCUCAAAGGAUGAUGUUCGGGACAAUAUUGUGACCUACAAUGAUGAAGGAGGUGGGGAGGAAGACACCCAGGCCUUUGACAUUGGUACACUGAGAAAUCCAGAAGCAAGGGAGGAAAGUAAAUUGAGAAGAGAUGUUAUCCCAGAAACAAUAUUUCAGAUAAGGCGGACUGCACCUCUUUGGGAAAACAUUGAUGUCCAAGAUUUUAUUCAUAGAAGGUUAAAGGAAAAUGACUUAGACCCAGCUGCCCCUCCUUAUGAUUCAUUAGCAACAUAUGCCUACGAAGGAAAUGAUUCCAUAGCAAAUUCACUCAGCUCCCUGGAAUCACUUACCACAGAAGGCAACCAAGACUAUGAUUACCUCAGUGACUGGGGACCUCGGUUUAAAAAACUAGCAGAUAUGUAUGGUGGAGAGGACAGUGAUCGAGACUGAGGAAGUAAUCUGUGACCUGGUCCGUGUUAGUGGAAUUCAUGUCUAUGUUCCUAGAUAAAUAAAGUGGCCUACUCUCUUACUUGGGAAUAAAAACUUUACAAAAAAUAGGUGUUGUCUUAGUAAGGGUUUGCUUAAUCAAUAAGUCAACGUGAAUGAACAUGAACGAUUGAGAUUUAAAAACUAACUCACCCUCUCUGCCUAGAAACCUCCACUGAAAUGGUUUUAUAGGGAAUGAAAAGGAAAUAAAAGGCUUUUUGCGCCUUUAAUAAUGACAUGAAAACUCCAUAUUUUUAAAUUGCUUUGCUUUAUCUUUCCUACUAUGUUGGAUAGUGUGCAUCUGCAUUGUAACUUAAUCUCAAAAAUAUACUUUAAAAAUAUUAAUAUUACUGCCAUAUUUAUUGAGUUAAAGAAUGUCUGUGUGUGGAUUCAUCCUGAUAUUUUUAUAUAUGUAUAUUUAUAUUUUUGUAUUUUUAUUAAAUAAAUUAGAGUUUAUAAAAACA